AUGUCUUCGGAGCAGCACAACAACCACGUCGCUGGUGGCUACAAGGCUACGUUGCACAACCCCAACACCUCCACGGAGGCCAAGCAUAACGCCUCACAGAAACUCGAAGAGCUCGGUCAGACCGGCGGCUCCACCGCACGCAACCACACCAGCCACACCGGUGGUCUCCCCGACCAGAGUCAACAUGACCACCGAGUUUUGGGAGGAUACAAGGCUACCUUGAACCGCCCUGGCGUAUCCGAAGAAGCCAAGCGGCAUGCGCGUGAGGUCCUUGAGGCUAGUGGAUACAGUGUUGAGAUGCCCGAGGGCUCCACUGAGGACGAGCACGACACCAGAGUGCUUGCAGGAUACAGGGCUGCUUUGAACAAUGACCGCGUCUCUCCAGAGGCUAAGAAGCACGCUCGGGAAUUUCUCGGGGAACACAACGCCUUGUGA